AUGCGGAUCUCUUCGUCUCUCCUUCUGGUUUUGGCGGCGAUCACCGCAGCCAACGCUGCCAACGUCGCCUCCGUUGCUCCCCGAUCUGAGCCGAGCUCGCCUCCUUUCAAUCGUCGCCAAGAGGUCGACGAAAAAUGGGCCAUCAUCAAAACUCGUCGCGCUGAGCCCUCCCCUCACAUCUCCAUUCCAAAGCACCUCGCUGAUGCCCAAGUCGACGCGCUCGACGCAGCCUCGGUCAACGCUGCUCCCGAGGAGCUCGGCCACCUGGACCGUCUGGCUUCGGCCUCAACUCGUCGUCGCCACCUCGCACACGCCAGCGCACUCAACGCCGUCCACGUCAACGUCGGACAGGUCGACAUCAAGCACCUCGCUUCUGUUGUCCACACCCUCUCCGCCUCUCUCGAGAGCGACACCAAGACAGCCGAUCACAUCUUGCAAGAAAAGGAUCACAAGAAGGCCCGCAGCCACGCCGAAAAGCUGCUCAGCAAGAUCAAAGUCGAUCUGCAGCACGCAAACACGGACAUCGGCAAGCUCAGCAAGGAGGCUGGUCAGAAGCGCGCACUGCUUUCGGGUCUCGGUGUGGAUCUUGCUCAGUUGACACAGAUCGUCGACAGCAAGAACAUCGUUGGUACUCAGAGCCUCGUCACGAGGCUUAGCAGUCUCAAAGUCGACUCUGUGCUUCAAGGCGAUGUUUUCUCGGUUUUGACCGAUCUUGACGUUCUGAAGACGGUUCAGUCAGUCACUGGAAUCGACACGGUGCUGACGAGCUUGCUUUCGGUGCCAGACUCGGUGGCGUUGCUCGACAACCUCAAGCAGCUCGAUGAUCCCGAGUGCUUCGUCUCGUCCCUCGUCGACAUUCCUGACCUCGAAGCUCUGGUGGGCGCCGCUCCUAACGGACUCACCUCGAUCGCUAGUCUUAGCGGUACCAACAAGCUCAUGUCUUACGUCAACAAGUACGGCUACACAACCGUCGGUCGAGUUCUCAACACCGCUGGCGUCCCCUGCGUUCUCGAAUCGCUCGUCAAGGUUCCCGGAUCCGUCAAGCUUCUUCGAUCGAUCAAGUCCGUCGCGGACGUCAACUCCCUCGUCAGCGGUAUCAACGUCAUUGGUGUCAUGGACUUUGUCAAAUCCAUCCAGGCUGUCGACAACGUCGAUGCGCUUGUCAGCACCGUCAAAUCCGUCGCCGGUGGUGAGCUGAAAAAGCGCGCCGAGCUGCUCGACGGUGUCGAGAGUACACUUUCCGGCGUCACUUCUGGUCUUCCCCUCGGUGAGAUCCUCAAGAUCAAACGCGCAAUCGCUCACAUCGACGCUCUUCCAGCCUCCGUCGAUGUCGACGUCAAGCACCGCCGCGAUUUGAUCCAGGAUCUCGGCGUCGAUCAGGCUCUCAACAAUUUGGACGUUGCCAAGAUCGCCUCGCUCAAGAGGAGCAUUGCAGAUCUGUCGGCUGUCAGCACCGAGGAGGUUACGAACAUCAUUGGCUCUGUGGUGAAGAGGGACGGUAUCGUCGGCGGAGUGGUCGGUGGUCUCGAAGGUGGCGUUGGUGACGUAGUCGCCUUUGUCGACGGAUCCGUCGUCGGUGGUGUCGAGCACAUCUCUAAGCGCGAUCUCCCCGUCGACCAGGUCCUCGACGCCGUCGACCUCAACCGAAUCCUCGCCCUCCGCCGCUCCGCUGUCCUCGACACCCUCCCCUCUAUCUCAUCCCUCGACCUCAACCACAUCCUCCCCGCCGUCCAGCGCGCCAUCUCGAACGCCGACUCCAUCACCAAAUCCGUUUCCCGUCGCGACGCCACCUCGCUCACCCUCCUCAGCGACUCGCUCGACACCUUGACCUCGAGCGUCUCGAUCCUCCUCCCCAAACUCGUCAAGGUGUCCGACGCGGUCCACGACGAGGCUGUGACCAAAGAGAUCAAGACCGAGGUGAUUCCGAUGGUCGCCAAGGUCGGCGGUUCGCUGGACAAGGUCGUCAAGGUUCAGGCUCCUCAGCUGGAGAAGCAGACGGGGAAGGUGGUGGCGACCGCUGACAAGGCUUCCAAGUCGAUCCCUUGA